CCCUGAUCGGCAUUUAUCCUGCUCUACAACAUGAUUUACAAGACACUGUACCCGGUGUAUGAUUCCUCAAUCUAGCCUUCGGCCCAUUUACCAUACCAAAGGACCAUUAUCCUACCAACUAGAUCCGACGAGUCGCAAGAAACCAUUUCUCUGGGUCUCAGGACCGACUUUUGACCAACUUCUCCGAAUGCAACCAUGGCAUCUCGUCAUCCCUACGCAUCUAGCGUAUCGCAAGUCCUCCGGGAAUUAGAGGAGUUCCAGACCAUGGACUAUGAGAGCACCUAUUAUGGCUUUGAUGGAGACCUCCUGCUGGCUGACUUGGAUCAGGCCGAUCGCUGGGGAACGUUCGCGAACAAUAAUGAGCCGAAUCACGACCCAUCCUCCGCAGUUCAAAGGCCUACAAAGAAACAAAGGACAGAUCGAUCGAUGCAUGAGGGUGCUAUCCCAGCAGUGCACACUCCGCACCGCAACACUGACCUAGACUCAAAUGCCGUGCAACAACAACAACAACAAAGAGCUCUAAAGGGUCCUCCUGUGCUCAUUGAUCUUACAGAAGAUGAUCACCCGCUAACCGAGAUCUUGGAGAUCUUCCCAGACAUUGAUCCUGUUUAUUUAAAGGGUCUGAUCGAUCGCCAUCUUGCGCUGGUGUCUCAAGCAAAGACAGAGAUUCUGCUCACUGCCACUGAUAAAGACUUAGCAAAAGGCGCUGUCAUCGAAGAAAUCCUUCAGAACCCUUCUUACCCCGAGAAGCAGAAGAGGCUUAAGAGAACACUUGACGAGCGUGACUCAGCCCCCAAGAAGGAAGACGAUAUUCAGAAGUGGCUAAAGGCUAUUCCUCAAAGAGGAAGUCCUCUGUACCUUGAGAUCACUGCUCGGUUGUUGGCGAUUGAAUUCCCUACUGUGCCCUGGCCAUAUAUCCAGAACCUCGCCCUGCACAAAAGAGAGUUAUACGCUGCAUAUCUCAGUCUGUACGCCCUGGAAGACCCUUCGGCCAAGUCAUCCAAGCCUUACACGAACGAACGGAAACGCAAUCCUCGCUCACAUACAAGCCUGUACAUGUCAUACCCGGAAACUCUACCGAUCAUGCAAGACCUCAAACGCGAGCUCAAGGCGGCUGCAGAAGCUGCAAAGCAGACUAAGGAGAUGAAUGCAGCGGUCCUCCGUACCAACUUCGAAGAUGUUGACGACAAGGAAGCCGAAGAGCGUAACAUUCGAACGGGAAACCUGGUAGAAUGCCAGUGCUGUUUCGAAGAGGUCCCCGCGAAUAAAGCCUUGCCGUGUGAGGGACUUGAGGUUCAUUUCUUCUGCUAUACUUGCAUGAAGUCGUCGGCAGAGACACAAAUCGGGAUGAUGAGGUACAAGCUACAAUGCUUUGACGGGAGUGGAUGUCAGGCAAAAUUUGAUCGCUACGGGCUUGAACGUGCCUUGGGAGCGAAGAUCAUGCAAAAGCUCGAUGCUCUGCAGCAGCAGGACGAGAUAGAGCAAGCCGGGCUGGAGGGCCUUGAGUCCUGUCCUUUCUGCGACUUCCAGGCGAUAUGUGCUCCCGCCGAUGAGGAUCGAGAGUUUCGAUGCAGGAACCCUGACUGCGAAGUGGUUAGCUGUCGCUUGUGUAAGGAGAAAAGUCAUCUCCCGAGCAGCUGCGAUGAGGCUAGGAAAGACAAGCGACUCCCAUACCGCCACCGCGUGGAGGAGGCUCUGAGUGAGGCACUCAUUCGACCUUGUCCAUCCUGCAAGGUCAAGAUUGUUAAGACUGAUGGCUGCAACAAGAUGACCUGCUCGAAAUGCGGGACUCAGAUGUGCUAUGUCUGCAACGUCAAACUCGGUGCCACCUACGAGCACUUCAACCGACCGCCAAACCAUUGCCGCUUGUGGGACCAGAAUGAAAGAUUCCCACUUGGAAGACAGGUUGAACAAGAAAUUGAGCAAGUCGAAGCAGAUGCUAUCGCCAAGAUUCUGGCAGAGAACCCUGAUGUCACCGAGGAAGAGAUCCGAGUCGACCACAAAAUCGGAAUGCAAGGCCUCCUCCGCCAGAUCGCGCGCGUCAGCCUGUUCAAGCUCAGGUUCGCCUCAAUAUUCAGGUCCCUCGGAUUCCACAGCCAAACCGGCCGCGUCAACCUAUGCAAGCGCCGCAGCACAUACAAGCGCCUCGGGUCAUACGGCAAGCUGAUCCUGCUAACGUCCCCUUCAGAGAACCUUACAACAACCACGUGCAAGCUCAGACAAAUCGAGAGCCACCCGACAGAAAUUACUAUGCCAACAGAAUACAAGAUGUUUACGCCGGCGGACUUCCUUGGAACGCUCCUGGCAACAAUUACCCUCUUACCAAUCCACAAAUAA